AUGUCUGAAGACAUUUGCGCAGUUGAUAAUUACUGUCGAUCAUAUUGGAUGUCUAAUCCUGACAAACUUGCAAAUUAUCGUUCAACAACUGAUUUACCUCUUCAUUCUGAUAUUGUCAUUAUUGGAUCCGGAUUCAGUGGUUCAACAUGUGCCUAUUAUCUUUAUAAAUAUGGACAGGCGAAUAGAAAUUCAUUAAUGAUAAUAAUGAUUGAAGCUCGUGAAACAUGCUCAGGAGCAACGGGACGAAACGGCGGACACGUAAAGCCCGAUGUUUAUUAUUCCUAUAAACAAUACUCAGAAAAGUAUGGCUGCCAAAUAGCGGAGUCAUUGAUGCAAUUCGAAGCGAAACAUAUUCAGGCUAUGUCAACGCUCAUAUCAGAAGAAAAUAUUGAAUGCGAUUGGGAAAUAACACGAGCUUGUGAUGCGUAUAUUAAUUCUGAACUAGCUGAAAAAAGUAAAGCUUCGUUUCAGCAACGUCACGCUGAUGGUGGAGAUAUCGAUGAUAUUCACGAAAUACCUACGGAAGAUCUUCUUGCCAUCACUAAAGUGAAAAAUGUUGUCUACGGCAUAACAUUUACAGCUGCUAGUAUUCAUCCAUAUAAACUGAUUCAUCAUCUUCUCUAUAAGUGCAUUGAACAUGGAAUGAAUUUGCAAACAAAUACGUCUGUUCUCGCAGCAACUCGACUUCCGUCUGGUCAAUGGUCAAUCAAAACACCACGAGGUACAAUAUAUGCAUCUAAAGUUAUCUUUGCUACAAAUGCAUACACAGCAGGAAUUCUCCCAUUAUUCAAGAACAAGAUUAUACCUGUUCGCGAAACUAUAUGUCGAAUUCUUCCUUCACUUUGGUACCGACAAUCACCUUUAAAAAUGACUUAUUCAAUACGAAUAAAAGAAAAUCAAUUUGAUUACAUGAUAGCUCGUCAAACAGGAGAUCGAUCUCUUAUCCUGGGUGGAGCAAAACCAGCGCAUGUCGCAGAAAUGAAAACUUGGUACAAUAAUUGGGAUGAUAGCAUCGAAUGUAAUAAUGAGAAAAGUAAGCAUUAUUUCGAAGAGUUUAUGCCCAAGCAUUUUGACGCAUGGGGAACCAAUGAUGGGGGAUGUCAAGAAUUUUGGACAGGCAUACUCGGCUAUUCAUCGGAUUUAUUACCAUUCGUGGGAGAAUUACCCGAUCAAUCAAAUGGAUAUGUUAUUGCAGGAUUUCAUGGUCAUGGUAUGCCUCGAAUUUUACUUUGUGCUCGCGCAUUAGCUGAUGUCAUACUUGGAAGAACGAAGAACAUCGAAGAGCUCAUACCUGAGCCGUAUGUGAUUACUAAGAGUCGAUUAGAAACUAAAGAAAAUUGUAUUUUAAAGCAUAUGAGUGCUCAUUUAAAUCUUUUAGAAAUAGAGGAACGUAUUGUUUGA